AUGAGAACAGAGUUCAGCGGAUCUAGUGAUACUCUAGCGUCAGAUGAUGAAGUAGAGGUAAGAAUCCACUCAACUUUAACUGUCCCUGUGGGGCAGCCGUGCACUUCAGAUCAAAUUAUAAACACAACUAACGACGAUAUAGGGGAUGAUAAUGCCAGGGCAAACAGCCCAUCUAUACUAAUGUGCCAUGAACAAUUCGACAUUGCAUCUGAUGUACACGAAAUAUCGUGUGAAAAUUCUCAAAAUGACACUGACGAGUGGGUAGACGUUACCGCCGAGAUCCCUCUUUUUCAUUUUGAUUAG